GUCAUUCUUAUGCACAAUACAAACACAGAAUACUUACACAUGACUUGAAAUAGAGAUAAAAUAAACUGCCUGAUCAUCCAUUGUAGGUGUUUUUUACAAAAUAAAAAGCUGGGUUAGAGCCAAAGGAGAAAUAAGAUUUCUGAGAAGACGAUAAAUUGGCAGCUAGCAGAGCCAGCGAAAGCCAGAAUAAAGGUAACUAGGACAUUUUAGUAAUAUCAGUAUGGGAAAUAUGGUUUUAAUGUGACAGGUCAUCACUGUGCUACAUGUGCUACAGUAUUCUAAAACAGUGUGGCUCCACUUUAUAUUUUAACUUUGCUAGGGAUUCCUUCAAGUACCACGACCAAUUUAGCAUUCAAAAGAUUGAGUUGGUUAUGAUGCAAGGACGCUGCAAGUGUAACUCCAUGUCGACAGUCUCUAUGUGUGAAUGCAGAGGUUUUUCAUGUAGACUGUAGAGUGUAGGGGUGUGAAUACAAAAGUGAACUUUAGUGGGGAGCCAGUGUAUGUACAUGCAUGGGUGUUUUAAGAGAAUUGUCAGCAUUUGUGAAUACAUAUGUGCAUUUGCAGGAGUGUUAGCAUAUGUGAAUGUAGGUCUAUAAUUUUGUGGUGUGUUGUGGCAAGUGUGUAUUUCUGUCUUUAGUCAGUGGGUCUGGACAGGGGAGCACUUGUGGAAAAUAUCAGUAUGAGUGAUGUCAAUUUAUAUGAAUACAAAUGUGUUUUUGUGUAGGACGUUAGUGAGUGGGGAUGCACGUAUGUAGAUGCAUUUUAUUCCCUUGACUAUGUCUCAUUCCUACUUUUGAGUCACUUGUGCAUUCCCUUCCUCUUUCUAUCUCUACGUCAAAUUUGAAAUCCUCAUCUUCAAUUUGAAAUGGGCAGCCAUGAAAACACUAAAUGCAUGCAACACAACUUUUCACUAAGGUUUUUCAAACCCUACCCUUCCAGCAAUGGAAGCAUGGAUUAGGGAGGGACCACAUUCAGAUGCCUUCCCAUUUCUUUAAAGAAACACUCUUAACACAUAAAGCACUUUAGCUAGUGUUUAUAAAUAAGCAAUAACACAAACUCCAGAAACAGGCGAUGCACACCCAGGUCAUUGGGAUUCCCUGUGAAAACAGAGAACAAUCUCUAAACAAUGGAAGAAGGUCCUAUAUCCCUUAAGUAUCAGUAUAACAUUAUAGUGGAAAGAAACCCUUAUAUUACAAAAACACAAUAAUAACUUUAUUUGAAACAUUUAAAAGGCAACAGCGCACACACUCUAAAAUACACACGUUAUGCAGACAUUUCUCUUGGUAAUAGAAACAUGACAGCUAAUAAAAUUAAAUACAAUGUUGCACCUUUUAGAAAAAUUCCCAAGACUACAAACUUCUGAAAGAUCAAGUUGCAUUUUCUACCAAAUAAAGUAGAAGUGAGGAGGAUGGGAAGACAAAUAUGAGAGUAAAGUAGAAAAGAAAAGAAUGGUAGUAAAGGUAACAGGUAAAUAUUGGUAAACCAAUAGAAUAUUGAAUAAUAAUAUAGAAUAUUAAUUGGUACACAGCAAAUAUCAAUUUAGCUUUAGUUCCUUACUGAUUUAUUUUUUUAUUUUUUUUAUUUAGUGAAAAAUAGAUCUGUCACUUUUCAGUAUUUCACAAAGAUAUCUUUCUGAAAAACUGAUAAAUGGGGAAAAAGCACAACCUCUCAAGAAUGAGAGAGUGUUAUAUGGGAAUGUAAGAAAAAAGAUGUGACAUGUAGAGUUAGGUCAUGCCAACGGAUGCACUGGUUUUGCAUCUUCUGAGAAACUGGUAAUAAUAAUUUUGUGUGUCUAUAGUAAUUGAUUACCGUUGCUGUUUAUCAGCGUACUACCAGCACUGCUAUUUUUUACUUUACUAUUUCUCCUUCAUUUAUUAUCUGUUCCUGCCAUUCUUUAGGCAAGUUUCUAUUUAGGCACUGGUUAUUGUGUAUCGUUUUAAUUAGAUAUCAUAGCGCUAAAUUCAACCCUUAGUGCCGUUGGUUGUGCCCAAGCCUAUGAUAUAUGUGUAGGGCUGCACCCUCAUUAUUCAAAGAUAUAUACCUUCGGCACGCUAUCAGUACGCUAUUUAGUACCUUGAUUUGCCGACAUGCAUAUAUAGGUACACUCUCAGGGUGCAGUUCAGUAGAGUGCUGUUAGCACAGUUAGUCUUUUCUUCACUUCAUUUUUCAUUUUGUUUGCCAUUCUGCUGCACUAUUCCUAUUACCUUUUAGUCAAACUCUCUUCGAGACAUUAGUUAUUAUACUUGACAUAUCGUUUGAUCUCACAGCACUUGAGUGCAUCUCUAGUUCUGUGGUGUCAUGUUUAACGUAAUGAUAUAGGUUUAGGGGUGCACCUUUAUUAUUCCUACAUCCACAUUCUUCCAGCACCCACAGCACGCUGUUCAGAACUUUGAUCUGCCGACUUACAUAUUUAAAUUUUCAUACAUAUAGUAUAUUUCUACAUUUACAUUAAUAUACCUAUUAGUGUGAUUGGGCACAUAGGUUAUACAUUUCCUUUUGGAGCUCUCACUAUCGUUUUCUAUUCAAUUGCACAUCAUUGCUGGCACCUUUAUAUCCUUCGCCCUGUCUCUGUGCGCAGACGUGCGCCUCUACUGUGUCUAUGUUAAUGUGCUUAGAAAUCAGAGGUUAUCCUAUUCCAUAUAUACAGAUACCGUGUUUUUAAACUUUUUUCUGAUGUUUUGCUUAUCCUGCACAUCUCAUCUUUCAUUGUUUUCAUUAAUAUAUAAUUGACUCUCAAUAAAUUUAUUUUUUAUUUUUUGACCCCGUGGUCCUUUUAGAUGAGCCUGUAUUUUGUAUCUUUGACAAAAGGACCAGGCUCAUACUAGUCCUCUCCCUAUUUUAUAGGUACACUUCCUAAUUGUUUUGUACUCAUUUCCAUUAGGGGUUAUCCCCCUGUCUCCUGUGUACCUUGGCUGUAUUCAAGAAAGUUUUCCUUCUCUGCGACAUUGUAAACAUUUCAACAAAAAUACAUAAGUAUAAAAUCAGUGCAUGAUUCCACUGUUUAUAAUAUAUUUUCAGCAGUUACUGAAAGUGCAUUUUAUACUUUUGUUUCUGUUCAGCAUUCCAAUGGCAAACGAAGCACAGCCUUGCCCAUGUGCCAUUGGAGAUCUGUUUGAUUAUAAAGGACUUGGACAGGAAAUACAAAUUGACCACAUAAAAGCAUAUGUGUGCAAAUCGAAGAUUCCAUCAGACAAAGCAGUGAUUGUAAUUCAGGAUGUGUAUGGAUGGGAGCUUCCUAACACAAGAUUAUUUGUCGAUCUACUUGCCUCUCAUGGUUACACGUAAGACGUGCUUUUUUAUUAUCUUUUUGUCUGUGUUUUGCUGUUUUUGCAUGUUUUGAAAAUAAUCUUACAUUGACAGUGUUAUUCAAGUUAACAAUUGAGAGUUAAUUCAAGCAAUUUCAAUGUUUUCAUUAAACAGUAGUUUUGGUUGUAGUGACCCCUUUUGUGCUGGUAUGCCCCACCCAAACGCCAAAACUUUUUUUAAAUAAAAGACUUACAUAUACCUCUUUUCCCCCGCCAAGGCCAAGUUUUUCCUCUGCCCAAUACAAACGUAUUUGGGUCACUAUAAUGUUAAAACUGCAGGCCAUCUGCUCCCCUUGGCUCUCUUUAAAAAGGUAAUAAGCUUACCUUGAUUCAAGCACCGUAUGGGUCCACUGUGGCAGGCUCUGCCCCCCGCCCUACCUCCUUGGCUGAGAUAAUCGAUUUUGGAAAACAUAGAACACAUUGGGAGGUUAUCAAUCAUGCAUGGGAAAUUGCUGCCUCAUGCCAUGCCAAGUCAAUCAGCAUCUCCUCAUAGAGAUGCACUGAAUUAGUGCAUCUCUGUGAGGAACAUUCAGUUCCUCCAUGCAGGGCGUAGAGAUGCUGAACGUCUGUGCUUCACAUUUUGCAGUGCUGACCCAGGAAGCAUCUCUAGUUGCUGUCUGAGUGAAGCAGUAAUGUAAACACUGCCUUUUCCCUGAAGCCCUCAGGGACAGGAUAUAGACACCAAAACCAUUACAUUAAGCUAUAGUUGUUCUGGUGACUAUAGUGAUCCCCUAACUUAGUACACUUAAAUGAACACUAUUAACCAAAACAAGUGGUUUAUAAAUCAUUCAUCUGCUGUCUUACUGCUUAAUUCUCUACCAUUUAGGAAUUAAAUCACUCUGUUUAUGCAUUCUUCAUUACAAUUCCUCUAGCUGAGAUGUACACUGAGUCUCUACAAACUUCCCAAUAGAGUCUAAAUGUUUUAGCUUCUCUUACUGCAGUGUAUUUAAUUUAGAAUUUCUGCUCCUGCUCUAUUAAUGUUCUGUUAGAGUCUGCAACACCCACCUGUGUGUGAUCACGAUCAAAUAACAUAGCAAGAGUGACAGUUUUCUAAAGUAAACACACCGUGCUAUAAGGUUCUGAUUAAAAUUAAAGGGAUACUUAAAGCACCAAAAAAUGUAAGCUAAAUGCUCCAUUCUCUGCCAUUAAGGAGUUACGAAUCAAUUUUGUUUCGGUUUAUGCAGCCCUAGCCACACCUCCCCCAUUUUCCAUGUUGGCUGUGUGAGUCACAGCCAGUUGAGCCACUAAUGUGUCUUUUGGAACUGCCUUCCAGAGCUAAUGACUUGAGGAAUCAUGCAUAGUUGUCACACAUGAGGCCAAAUGAGCCAGAACAUCACUUACAUGUUUCUCCACUGUGGUUAAUCUGUCUUCAAGUGUUCUGGUGUCAACUCUGAGUUUCCUCCCAUCAGCUGAUAAUAGUUUAAUGUCCAGAAAUAAGGGUUUAAAAUCUUCUUUAGUUGAAGGAAGAGUAACAUCAUCAUUGGGAGAUGGAGAUAGGCAUCCUCAGUGGAGGAAGAACUGCCAUCAUACACAGCCACUGUGUUAAUAAAUGAACGAGGUUGUGAAGUCAUUUGCUAAGUCUAAUAUCUGUUUUGAAGGAACAUGGUGCAUCAGUUAAAAGAAGGUUAACACAAGUUACAGAUGGUUUUCCAUGUUUUAUUCAAUGUUGUAAAUUCCAGAGAAAUGAUAGUUCCAAUGAAAGUGUAUCUAAAGAAAACUCUAUUUUAAAUAUAUUAAAUAGACAUUUACAUGAUUUAUAAAUCAAAAUCAAAAGACCACCCAAGUGCAGUGAAUAUAAUGGGGAUAAAGAUUAGUUACUUCCCUCUGAGUCUAGGCUGUAACAAAGGAUUCCUCAGAUCCUCACAAACAAAUAUACAAAACAAGAUACACCUAGAAAGAACAAAAGCAGAGAACAUUCAUAGGGAAACAUCGUUUAGUAGAAAUAUCCCUGCUGUAAAUAUUGCACUCACAGAAUAAAGGAGUAAUUCAGGCCCAUCAAGGUUUCUUUAAAUCUUGCAAUGAGAUUCCUCAAAGAUACAUGCAAAAGAAGAAGAAAAAAAGUGGAAAAUAAGAAGGCCCAUCAAAGGUCUGUAUCCCUCUCUCCAAGAUGGUAAGAUGGAAAAAAACAGGUAACAGAGAUUUCAGGCAGAAAUCAAAAACAGCUCUACGCGUUUCGUCUAUAUAAUAGACUUCAUCAGGAGCAGUAACAAUAAAACAUAUAAUAUAAUAAAAUACAAUACAUAAAUAAAAGUCCUGUGUCUUCUGCCUUCUUUUUAAAAGUCCCUCUCGCCGUAUUCCACACCCUAUCCAUUUUUUUCCAUCUUACCAUCUUGGAGAGAGGGAUACAGACCUUUGGUUUUUUUUAUCUCCUGCUCUGUAAAAUGAUCUUUAAUCACAUACAGGAGACUCCUGUAGGGUCUAGCAAGCUAAAUACAGAGUAGGAGAUAGAAAAUUAUAAAUUAAACAGAAUUUGCAAUAAAGGAAGUGUAAACAUUAGAAGACUCUUUACAGGAAGUGUUUAGGAAGGCUGUGUACGUCGCGUGUGACUAAAGAUGUAUAAACAAAGUAAUCUAACUCCUAAAUGGCAGGAAAUUGAGCAUUGAGACUGCAGGGUCAUGAUUUCUACACCAAGCUAAGAUGUUUUGUGACUAUAAUAUCAAAGUAGCUGGCCAAGAAGGACUUGGAGAAUGUGUCCACUUACUUUAAAACCAAUUACUUUGGCCUUAAAUUCGAAAUUCACCUAGAAUUCACUUUGAAUUUCUGACAAUCAUCACUUUAGUAAAUAACCGUUUUUAUUUGGUCAGCGGAUUACCAAACUCUGCUUAAAUUGAUUUUACCUGUUUUACACACACAAUUUUCAAUAUAUUUGUUUUCUUCUAUAGUGUAUUCAUUUAUUAGCCUUACAAUAUGUAUUAAUUAAUUCUACUGAAUUUUAACCAUCUAACCACUAAAUAAAUAAAUAGCCACUGAUAGAAUAAAAGUUGCAUAGUGUCAUCUGAACUGUAACUACUUACCUAGUGACAUUCAGUUGAAUGAUGAUACAUUAAAAUGUUGUUUGCAAUAGUUAUUAAUAACCAUGGCAGUAAACUAGCCCCAUCACAACUAGAACUAGCAGUAUAAUCAAGCAAAAGUCCAGUUGGUAAAUACUAUGUUUACUGUUAUUAUUAUUUUAAAUAUUUUAUCACAGUGCUGUCCUUGCUGACUUUUUUGUGGGUAAAGAACCGUGGAAAUCAACCAACGAUGCUUCCACUUUUUUUCAAUGGCUUGAAACCAGACCACCCUAUAAAGUUGACAAGUAAGUAUGGUAUGAGCUAUAAACAUAGCAAUGGAAUGAUCAUGAAUGUUACUUAUAAUAUUUUUUUCACUUUUUAAUUCCUUUAAAUGUGAUUGAAUUAGAUUAUCCGUUUUGACAUUUUUACAUGGUCAGUAAUAUUUUAUAUCCAAUGUUAUUAGUUUACUUUAUUUUUAUUGAAUUCACUUCUAGUAUAAAGGAAUAUUAUUAAAAAUAAUAGCUAUAGAGAUAGUGAAUAGAGAGAUGGAACAAUGACACAGAAUGCAAUGUGCAGGUUGUGUAUUAAAUAAAUAUAUUUAUAGUUGAUAUAUUAACUAGCAUUGGUAAUAAGCUCAUACUUGCCAAACCUCUUCAAGCUAAUGCCAGAAAAUAGUUAAAGAAUUGCGAGCUGGAGAGUUAAUUAUAUACUUCAAUCAGUGCACAAAUAAUCUUAAACAAACAGCAGAGCAUACAAAGUCUUUGUGGGGGUUGUGGGUGAAGUCACAUAUUGUUUGAUUGAAUUUUGGACCUUGAAAUGAGUAUCCCCUUGUGUUUAAAUAAACUAAGAAUAUAGACUUUUCAGGGUAUGGGUGCAUAGGUGAAAUUGCAUAGGAUUGACUGAGGAUGCAAAAGUAGCACAUCAACUACAAAAGCUAAAGGGGCUCAGACUUAAAAGAAAAUAGGGAAGCGACAUGUUUAAAUUUAGCAGGGUUGUAAUAACAAAGCAGCAGCAUGUAGAAGAUCUCAAAGGCAAAACAAGGCUGGAAGAGAGAGAGAGAUGGGAAGUGAGGCAGGACAAGAAAUAAACACACUUCCUCUCCAGCCCCAUAGAGAUCACAGAGGACAGAUAGUAAAAUGUCACCAGUGACAACACUUCCAGACCAGGCACCAGCAACUAUUACUUAGAAUCCCCUUCUCAAUAAUGCCUAAUUUGAACGUACUCAAUUUAUCUUCAAGCAUAGCUAAAAAAAAAAAAUGCCCCUCUGCAAGGUUUUUAUGAAAAUGUCACAAAUAUUGCAUCUUAAUAAAUCCUUUGUGGUACAGGUCUUCUGUUGCAUGACAUCAAUGCCUAUGUGCUUUGUGUUUGCACUUUUUCUGCUUGUACCUGCUUUAUACCGCUCUGGUUGUCAUCCACCAAUCUGAUGGACUUUGGCUGUUGUAUGGAUAAGCCAUUGUGCUUUCAUGCAUCUGUUCUGCAGAUGGACUCUGCUUCUGUUGAAGAAUGCACCUCUAAUUCUUGCUUACAACUAGUCCAGCAGAUAUGACGAUUCCUGUAUAACACGACUACUUAUAGUUUUAUGAUCUAGGUAGAUAACUCUAGUUUAAGAGGAGCAGAUGCACUGAGAGAUUUUACUAAUCUCUUGAGUGCAAUCCAGUUUAUUUCACUGAACAUCUUACUUUUCUGCACAAGAUUCCAAUUGCAGGUGCAAUGUUGGAUCUGCAAGUUGUAGCCAGGUACAAAAGCUGACCUUCGUUUGUUUUUACAUGUUGUUGGGUAAAGUCUCACUUUCAUCAGACUCUCUGAGAAAGUUUGUACACAUGGAUGUAGCUAUAGAAUGGGAUUCUUUGAGAUCAUAAGCUCUAUUAAAUCUAGAACUAUGUGCCUUUGAUUGAGAAUUUAGCUACCUUUGCUAUCUCUUUCUGCUUGCAUUCCGAGAUAAAAGGCUAAAUUUCCCAUUCUUGUCACUUAUACUUCUUUGUUGAAUUGUGUAACAAUCUUUGUACUUUCCCUUUGUCUUUCACUGCGAAAGAUCUAUAUAAACCAGCAGAUACGUUAAUUUUCCAUAUCUUUGUCUGGUAAAUAGAUAAAUACUUUGCAGCUAGUUCAAAACCCUAUUUUCCUUUCUAUAGUUGUAUUCUAGAUAUUUAUUUGUUUCAAAUUAACAAUAUAAAGUUCUUAAUCUAUUUUACCAUUUAAGAAAUGUGAUUUUAUAUCCAGCUGUUUUACAUGAAACUAUUUAUAUACUGCAGUUGUUAGAUAUUUUGCUGUGCUGAACUUGACUACAGGUGCGAAGGUCUCGUCGCCAUCAUCUCCAUCCUUCUAAGUAAAUCCUCUAAGCCUACCCAUAAUUCCUUGGCUGUCUUAGCUUUUAAUGUGGCACAAAUCACUGUUACUCACAUAAGUGGAGGUCUCAGCUCUUGCUUUCCUGUUCUUUGUCUCCUAUUGGAUUCUUUCUGCAUCAGCUGGUGGUGGUUACAAUUCAAUUGUUUCCCAGAAAUCCUUUCUCACAAGUUCAUUCUGCAUUUUAAAAUUCCAUAGCAGUUAAUUUGUAUAUGUGAGAGCAGGCACAGCAACACCCAUAACAUUCAAAGCUCCAAUAUAUGUAACUAUUAUUCUAGCUUUUUAGAUUGUAUUGACAAUUUGAUUGGGUAACUAAAAUAAUAUAUCAAGGUGGUGAAGUAGACAUUGCUUACCUAGAUUUCAGUAAGGCUUUUGACACUGUUGCACAUAGAAGGAUUAUCUAUAAACUGCAAUCUUUGAGUUUGAAUCCCAACAUUGUUGAAUGGGUUAGGCAGUGGCUGACUGACAGGCAACAGAGGGUUGUAGUCAAUGGAAUAUAUUUAUAGCAAUGUCUUGUUACCAGUGGUGUACCUCAGGGAUCUGUACUUGGACCCAUUCUCUUAUAUUUUUCUCUAAAUAUUUUUAUUAGUGAUAUUGCAGAAGGUCCUGAUGGUCAGGUAUGUCUUUUUGCUAAUGAUACAAAGAUUUGCAACAGGGAUCAUGUUCCAGGAGGGAUAAGCCAAAUGGCAAAUAAUUUAGGUAAACUAGAAAAAUGGUCAGAGCUGUGGCAACUGACAUUUAAUAUGGAUAAGUGCAAGAUAAUGUAUCUUGGGCGCAAAAACCCAAGGGUAGAGUAUAGAAUGUUACAUAGUUACAUAGUUGAAAAGAGACUUGCGUCCAUCAAGUUCAGCCUUCCUCACAUUUGUUUUUUGCUGUUGAUCGAAAAGAAUGCAAAAAACCCAGUUUGAAGCACUUCUAAUUUUGCAACAAACUAGGAAACAAAUUCCUGCUUGACCCCAGAGUGGCAGUCAGAUUAAUCCUUGGAUCCUGCAUUGAAAAAUUAUAUCCUUGAAUAUUCUGUUUUUGCAAGUAUGCAUCUAGUUGCUGUUUGAACAUCUGCACCGACUUCUUCAGGCAGAGAAUUCCCCAUCCUUAUUGUUCUUAAAGUAAAAAAGUUUCUUUGCCUUAGACGAAAUCUUAUUUCUUCCAGUCAAAAACGCGUGACAUUGUGUCCUAUGUAAAGUCCAGUUUGUGAAUAGAUUUCCACACAAUGGUUUGUAUUGGCCCCGGAUAUAUUUGUAUAAUACUAUCAUAUCCCCUCUGAGGCAACGUUUUCUAAACUAAAGAGGUUUAAAUUUGUUAACCUUUCUUAAUAGCUGAUAUGUUCCAUUCCUUUUACUAAUUUUGUAGCCCGCCUCUGCACUUUUUCUAGUGCCAUAAUUUCCUUCUUUAGAACAGGUGCCCAAAAUUGCACAGAAUAUUCAAGAUGUGGUCUUACCAGUGAUUUAUAAAGAGGCAAAAUGAUAUUCUCAUCCCGAAAAUUAAUGCCCUUUUUCAUGCAUGAUAAUACAUUACUGGCCUUAGCCACUGCUGAUUAACAUUGCACAUUGUUGCAUAGUUUGUUGUCUAUAACAAUUCCCAAGUCCUUUUCGUGUGUUGUUAUCCCUAAUUCGCUUCCAAUAAGGGUAUAAGUUGCUUGUGCAUUCUUUACGCCUAAGUGCAUAACUUUGAAUAUUUCAACAUUAAUUUUCAUCUGCCAUUUGAGUGCCCAGUCCCCCAGUCUAUCUAAAUCCCUCUGCAGCAAACUAAUAUCUUGCUCACAUUGUAUUACUUUACAGAGUUUUGUGUCAUCUGCAAACACUGAAACGUGACUUUUUCAAGAUCAUUUAUAAACAUGUUAAAUGUUAAAUGUCUGAUACAGUCUUAACCUCAACAUCUGAUGAAAGGUAUUUAGGGGUAACUAUAUAGGAUGACUUAAAUAUAGGCAGCCAAUGUAAUAGAGCAGAAGGAAAUGCUAGCAGAAUGCUUGGUUGUAUAAGGAGAGGUAUUAGCAGUAGAAAGAGGGAAGUGCUCAUGCCAUUGUACAGAACACUGGUGAGAUCUCACUUGGAGUAUUGUACACAGUACUGGAGACCGUAUCUCCACAAGGAUAUUGAUACCUUAGAGAGGGUUCAGAGAAGGGCUACUAAACUGGUUCAUGGAUUGCAGAAUAAAAUGACCAGGAAAGGUUAAAGGAACAAACUUGAAUAGCUUGGAGGAAUGACUAGACAGGGGGGUAUGAUAGAAACAUUUAAAUUCAUAAAGGAAAUCAACAAAGCAAAGGAGGAGAGUAUACUUGAAAGAAGAAAAACUACCAUAACAAGAGGACAUAGUCCUAAAUUAAAUGGGCAAAGGUUUAUCUUAAAUAAUUUCAGGAAGUAUUACUUUACUGGAGAGGUUAACACAGUGAGGGAGUUUAAGCAUGUGUCGGAUAGGCAUGAGGAUAUCCUAGACUUAAGAUAAGGCCAGGGACUAAUGAACAUAUUUAGAAAAUUGGGUAGACUAGACGGGACAAAUGAUUCUUUUAUGUCGUCACAUUCUAUUUUUCUUCUUCUUUGGGCCAGUAACUCAAAUGUUAAUUAUUAGUAGAGUUGUAUUAGUACACCAGCAUGUAGAAGUCAGAACAGGUCACACAAAAAAUUCUCAAAGGCAAAAUAUGGCUGCAUGUAGUGAGAGACAGAGAGAUAGAGAGAAAGAAAGAAAGAAAGAGAGACAAGACAAGAAAUUAAUAUACUUCUUCUCCUGCACAAUAAAGACUGCAGAAGACAGGCAGUCAAAUGUCAAUAGCAACAAUAAGUCCUCCAACACACAUACCACACAUACCUGUGAAUCAGGACACCAGUGGGAGGGGAGAAAGGAGGUGGACUUGUCCAUAAAGGGGUGGAUCUGCACAAAGGAUUGGCAGGCUGCAUGUCCAUCAUCUAGGCGGGCCCACUGAGGUCAGACCCUGGAGGGAGCCCUGUUUCAGUGCUAUCUGUAAGGUUCUAAUGCCCAAGAGGAUAGCACAAGAGAUGGCGGAACAGCCUCCCAAAAACUGGGAAACUCUUGCCAAAAUCGGUAUGGUAUAGAUGCCUGAACUCAUCCAGACAAGGCACCAGAAAAUAUACACAGUACAGGACUGAAAGCAUACAAUGGAUAUGUGUGAGGAAUAUGUUAACUGUUUCGUUAUUGAUUGUCAAAAGUGAGCACAAAGGUAGCAGUGAGGAGACAUGCUAUAUUGCAGGAUAUUAACAUGUUUUUUUUAUUAAAGUUGGAAUUCAAAGUCAAUUCAAAGUCAAUUUCAAAUUUAAGGGCAGAGUAGCUGAAUUGUAUGUAUAGCUUAAUGAGGUUUUUUUCUCGUUUGGUUAUGUUCACCUUUAACUUAAAAUUUACUUUGAAUUCAUCUUGAAUUCUUACUUUAGUGAAUAACCCUGAUAGUCUGCAAUGUGGAGUCCUGAAGAUGGUUGCGCUGUACAACUCAUAUACAAUGAAUACAUUUAGUGACUCACCAUUUGGAGAAAGCCUAAAAACUAUGGGUGAUUGUAAGGAGAUGCUGAAAGCAGCCAACAUCUGCAUAUCGACAAAUAUUCUCAUUUAUAACCAAUACUUUUAUUUCCAACUUUUAAAUAAUUUGAAAUAGUAACUCCUAAUUGUCUCUUCUUAUCUGUGAGUGAUUAAAAUGCAAUUCAAAGAAGAUUAUUUGACUCAGAAUUUUUGAAAGUAAAAUAUAAAUGGCAAAAUGUUGACUAGGAUAGCGAAGUUGUGACUAUAGCCGAGUUGGAAAAUUUUCAAUUAUUUUUGCCUUUUUUUUUGUCUUUAUGAUUGCAGUUUGCUAUAAUUCAAUGGUACGAGAAAUAAGUGUUGCUGCCAUUAUAUGUUUGUAGACCCUUAAAGAGCUAUUUACUAUUUACUCCUUCUUUCUUAUCUCAUCAAGCAAUUCUUCUGUUGUCUAUAAAUAAGGAUAUAUUGCCUAAUAUACUUUUAAUAUCUGUCGUCAAUAUACACUUUAAGCUUACCUGUUCCAAUCCCUAAUGCAAAUUAUCUUUAAAAUGUACUCUCUAUUUAAAAAAAUACAAAUAUUGCUUGCAUCAAGUAGAUAUAUUACAUCAUAUUUAUUAUCUAAAGCAAUGUGUUUCUUAUAUCUCUAGGGACAAACGGUCUAAUACUGAUAAAAAUGUUAAAAUAAAUUAUUUUACAGGGAAGUUGAUGCUGUAUUGAAGUACUUAAAAGACGAAUGCCAGGCAAAGAAAAUUGGCGUCAUUGGCUUUUGCUGGGGAGGAAUUGUUACCCAUUAUCUCAUGCUGAAGUAUUCUGAAUUAAAAGCUGGGGUUGCAUUCUAUGGUACGAAACUAGAUUAUGACUUUUGUGUCCAAUAGGUCUUAUAAUAUCAAUGUGUUUUAUAAUAUGGUUAAUCCAUCCUAAUGUAAAUAAUAAUGUCAUGCAUAAAGGAACACUAUAGUUUUAGGGCUACAAAAUUGUAUUCCUAAUGCUAUAGUGUCCAUGUCUAUAUCUAGCCUCCCCCACCCACCAACCCCAACCCUGCUUGCUAAAAUAUUAAUAAACAUUUUACUCACUUUUUUUGCCUUGGUGGUGCUCACCUCUCCGCCUACUGCUAUGCCAUCGAGAAAGCAUGACCUCCUCUGGUGAUAGCCCAAUCCAGAGCUCUUGGGAUUUGAUGGACAUACUUUCCUAUGAGUUUCUGCACACGUGACCACAUUUACUCAGUCAGUGCAGCGGAAUGCCUCUAGUGACUUUCAGGAGGACAGUCAAUAGAGGUGGAUGUAAACAUUGCAGUGCUAACAAAAACUGGAUGUUUUACAAUGCAUGGGUAAAUGGACAGGGAGGGCUACUGUACCAGACCACUUCAUGGUGAAUAUAGUGUUCCUUUACGAAGACGCCGUAGAACAAUGUAGAAAUAAAUAUCUUCCUAUAACAAGUUAAGCUAUAAUUUAUUUUUAGCGUACAUAGGCAGGGCUAGUUUAAAAAAAUACUAUAGCGUUAGAAAUACAAACCUGUAUUGAGGGACCUAAUGUGCAAGUGCAUCCAAACUUUCCUACUGCAAAGCAUUGAAUCAAUGCUUUCCUAUGAGGCUUCCAUGUCUUGUGACCGAGCUUUACUCGAUCUGUGCCGUAGAAGAUCCUCUAGUGGCAUGUAUGUGUGAGGGCUGGGAGGUGAAGGAGAAAUACUCCCCCUAAGCUCUUGCUUGUAAGCUUCUCCAUCUUCUUUUUAACAGCUCCUGGUUUUUCUGCUGCUAGGAACCUUUGCUUGUGAAUACUGUGGGAACUGACCAAACUUGAUGGCAGAAACUCAAUCAUUUGUCAAGUUUUGUCAACUCGAGGCAAAGUAGUGCUAUAUAUUUGUUGAUUUAGAUGGCAUGUCUAUGAUAUUCCAAUGCUGCCAAUACUGAGAAUUUCAUGAAGAUUUUAUUUCUAUACUCAGAAAUGAUAUUCCAAUGACACAGCCACUUUAACGCUGCUUUACAAUGCCAUGAGAUGAAUGCAAGUAGUCUUAAAAAGUGUUCAUAACUAAUUAUGUGCUUUGAAAAGUAUGCAGCUGCUAACAUUUGUUAAUUAUAUUUUCUAAAACAGGCUUAGUACGUGAAGAUGUGGACAAGUAUAAUUUACUAAAUCCAACUUUGUUUGUUUUUGGAGAGAAGGAUGACCUGAUACCCCUUGAGCAGGUAAGAAAGUACCCUAAUGUUAUAUCAUAUGAUAGAUUUAAAGGAGCAGUCUAGUCAUCAUAAUCCCAACUUUCAAAUGGUAAGAGAUGUUUUUUGAAUUUUGCUUAAAGCUAGAGGUCACUGACAAUCUUACUGUGCUCACUGGAAUUGCUAAUACUGAAGUGUAUCUUCCACAAUAUGCAUUCAUUGACUGAUAGAUCAUCUGAAAAUGAUUGAAAAUGGUUUGGCCAGACACCCCAUGGGCAUUGCCUGUAGUCUAAUACCAUAACCACUGCAUUUACAUGUAUUGGUUAUAAUGCCUGGACUGGGAGUGGCAGAGUCAGAGGGAACUAUAGUAUUAGGAAUACAGCUUUGUAUUCCUAACACUGUAGUAUUCCGUUAAUAUUUAAUAUUACCUAUAAUAAUCUCACCUAAAAUUGAACAGGACUCAUAAUUAGUCAUAGGCGCUCAUUCAAUGAGUGCAUGGGACUUAUCAUAAAGAUCUUGUCACUUUUAAGUACCAAGUAAGACCAUAUUAGGUGCUGAAACAAACUGUAAUAGGGAAUAUUGUAUGGUUAGUCCUAUUACAGGGGUCUCAAGUGAGUUUUAGGCACCUGUGAAUUACAACAGAACUUCUACCAGCAUAUUUGGCAUUCAUUGUUAGCAUGCCUAUGGCGGCACCCACCCUUUCCCUCUCUGCCUCCCAAAUCCUUUGAUUUGAUAAAGGAGGAGGCAAACUUGGGUGGAAUAGUGAAUUUCAGACCAGAAAACCUGCGUAAACAGGUUGAUGCAAAUCUAGUAAAUAUUCCUCCAUUGCUUGCUGAAGUUUUACUUCUUGCCCUUUUAGAGUACAUUAUUUUAAAGUACCACUAAGCUCACUUAGAGCUAGUUUUCUAUAUGUGAUACCUUUUGUAUUUAUAUGCCAGACCAAGUUGCUCUAGUGAUUGAAAAUCCAUACUUUUUUUUAAGGAAAACCUCACCUCAUGUGUUUAUUUAUGUGGUUCUCCACUGUUUAUUUGGUUUAUGGUUAUUUAGCAAAAACAUAUUCAAAGUUUUAUUUCCUCCCUUCUAGGUUGCAUCACUGGAUCAAAAACUUAAAGAAAAUGCUAAGGUUGACUAUAAAGUCAAGGUGUUUCCAAAGCAAGGCCAUGGGUUUGCUCACCGAAAGGAAGUCUCAAACCCUGAAGAUAAAUCUUACAUUGAAGAAGCAAGAAAAGACAUGCUUAUGUGGCUGAACAAAUAUAUUAAAUAAACAAACUAUGUACUCAUGGAACCUACUAAGUCUACAUUAUGAUUUAUAAAGCCAUACAUAUUCAUAUAAUAUUCCAAAUAAAGAUUUAUAUUAAAAUGUAUUGGCUUGAUGCCUUCAUUGUAUUGCACAUGUGACAU